AUGGAUUCUACACAGCCUUCGCACAGGAAGCAGACCAGGACAAAGCCGCCGAAUGAUGAAGCGUAUGCUGAAGCGGGCAUCGUAGAGGCUGAUCCUUACGUGGAGGAAAACAGUCAUGCCGCGACUGCGAUCGAAGUACUGCCUGGAACAAGGGUGGUCAAGCACAAGCAGACAUCGCAAACAAGCUUUUCACGGACCAGACCCAAGAGGUCGAAGCGCGAAAACGAGCCUAGAGGGACUUCGCGUUCUGUGCCAGCGGGAAAAUACACCGAGGACCCUCUGGAGACCAUCCCAAGCCUUGAUGACAACGUCGAUUAUCUCCAACCAGGGUUUGACGCCAACUCCAUCACUGUGAAAGAGUUGAAGAAAAUAUUCGUUACGCACGGAAUCAAGUUUGAUCAUAGCUCAAAGAAAGAAAAUCUCGUGGCUCUAUUCCAGAGAAAAAUCGAACCCCGAGCUAGUGCUACGUUGAAGAAACGGGCGAACAUCAAACGCUCGGCAGCGGGCAUCGUUGAUGUUAGAUAG